CCAAAGAGAAAAUGGCGACAAUUCAAUCGAUUCCAUCAAUAGAUCAAUUUCUGCAAACUUUCUCAGGUGUUCUGCAAACUGAUGAGGAUAAGUAUGGUAUUCUUGUUGGUAUUGAGAAUCUACUCUACUCUACUCUACAGGUUCUGGAUUGUUAUGCAGAAGACCUAGUUAUGGUAAACCUGGACUGUAAGGACGAGCAACUGAGCGUGUAUAUCGUUAUAGGGCAAGAUUAUACUUCAGGAAAAUCUGGAAGACGAGUGGAUAGGGUUGAGUAUAUGACGACUUUAAGAACCUUGGUCACACUGUGUGAUAUUGAUAUCGAGAUGAAUUCUUCAUAUUACAGUCUAGAAAAUCAACCUGAAGGCUCAAUUCCAGGGUUUAGAAAUAGAUCAUUGGACAAAGGAGUUAUUCAAAUCAGGAUUUCAGGGAUGUUUGUAAAACGAGAACUAAAGAUGAAACAGGAGGUAUUCUCUAACAACCAGAUUCCAGACGAUAUUCCUGGGACAAAUAUUUCAGAGUUGUCUUUGUCAAAACGCAAACAAACGUAUACGGGAACAAAUGAAAGGUACAUGUCCCUGUGCUGUAUAUUCCCCAUGGUAAAAUACUGUCUGGGGUCUGGCUCGGAUAUAUCUACGGCAGAAAUGAAAGCUCUAAUGGAAAGAAGAAGGCGAUGGGCAGUAAAAAGAGGAAUGAGUAUUGACUGCUCAUACUUCGAUAGUUCGGAAUCUGAGGGGGAGUUUUCCCGUAAAAACUCUGAAGACUUUGAAAACGCUGAGAGGCUGCUUGAAGUCCAUGAGGAUCUACUUGAAGAAACUGGUAGUCUGUUUGAAAACUCUACAAGUAUGAUUGAGCAUUGUGAGAGUACAAUUGCUAGGGCUGGAAAGCUUGAUGAAAACUUUGGUAAAAUUGUCUAUCAAAGCCUUGACACUCUUUUACCUUCUCAGGUCACUUCCGUAGAUCUUGAGAAGCAUGUUUUAUCUCGUAAAUCCUCAGUAACUUGGAAAGAUAACCAAGAAAAUGCAACUGAGACGGAAGAAGUAUUUGAAGCUAGGAGGAAUGAAAAUGAUGAUGAAAAAGAACCUGGUAUCUUGAGUAUACUGGACAAAGAAAUAAAAGAAUUGGAAAUAUUCACAAGCCAGGCUGAGACUUUCAGUAAACGUUUUCAUGAAAACAAACGCUUGAAUUUCUUCAAAGAAAUGACAGCCCCGGAAACUUCUACCCCAUCACCCGGCUCUUUCCAGACAGUUACUAGUACUGAAAGUCAUCUGGAUAUGCCCUCAACUGGCAGCAGUAAUCUUCAAGAUUUUAAGAUCCCCCUCCCUCCGCUGAAAAACAAGGCCUCUUCCAUGGAAAAACUGGCGGAACAUUUGGAAAACCAGGCGGAAGAUGUUACCAAGGAAGGAACUGAUCGAAAAAACUCCGUCAGCUCGGAUACAGACUCUACAAUGAAAGAAAAGAAAUCAUUCUUCCGGCGAGGGAGCAAAACAUUGUCACUAAAACGGAAUGCAUCUCUCAAAAAGGAUAUUACUUUAAAAAUGGACUUAUCUCUAAGCAGGGAUGAAAACGUUUCUGGAGAUUUGAAGAAGAGAGAAGGGUUAGAGAAGAGUAAAGCUGAAGAGUUGAAGCCGGACGACGGGAAGAAAAGCAAAUCUAUUUUCCGUCGUGGGAGCAAGGAAAAAUAUUCCUUGUCCAGAGAAAAUACUUCUGAGAACAUGAAAGGGAAGAAAGAUGAACAAUCCCUGGGAAGUGUUGACACUGAAUCCAUGGCGUCUGCACAAAUAUCAGGCUCCGAGCCGUCCUCCCCGAAGGUUUCUUUGAAAAGAAGAAAAUCCCUGUUUAAGAAAUCUAAGAGUUCAGGAAAGGAGAAAAAUGAUGAAAAUGAUGACAACAUGAAACCCAGGGGAGAAGUUACAAGAAGGAAAUCAAUCUUUAAAAAGGAGAAGGUUCAGUCCUCGGGUCUGCAAGAGGAACAGGAAAAGGAGAAUGGAAAGGGGGAAGAAAAUGAGAAGAAGAAAGGGGAGAAGGAAAAAAAGGAUAAGAAAAAGGAAGGAAAGGAGAAGAAAGGAAAACAAAGUGUUGUAAGAGAGGUUGAUAUAUCAAACAAUUAAAUUAUACAAAACACUAAGACAGAUUUAAUUUUGAUGAAACAAAAAGAUCUGAGCCAAAAUAGGAGGAUGUAAUUUUUAAAAAAGUGAAAUGAAAGUGAAGUUUUCAGUUUAAGUCAAUUUCCAGCUAUUUCUUAGCACAGGGUGCAAUGCUAAGUGAUGAUUACAAAAUAGCUUAUUUUUCUUUUUUAUAAAUGUCUGCAUGUGUGAGUCAUUCUAAAAUUGUUAACCCACAAAGCUAUGGAAAAGUAAAAGGACAUUUAAGCAAUCCUAUGUGUAGAAUUGGAUAUUUAAUUUUUUUACAAAAGCAAAACGCUUUAAAUCAACUUAGUAAGUGAACUAGAGAGUUCUGUAUACUGCACUUUUAUAUGAUUUUAGAACUUUUGAAAAUCAUAAUUUGAGUCUGACGGUUGUCCUCCUAUUCCAUAGUUUUAUGUGUUUCGCUGUAAUGCUU